UGAUUGCAUCAACAUCUAGGCCACGUAAUUCUUAUGAGUGUUUUGUUCUCGAAAAGACUCUGCCAAUCGCCCUUCAGGUUUCCUAUCACAAGAACAUUCUCCCUCAAUAAUCACCCAUCCAAAACCACAUCAAGGACAGCAGCAACAAUGGCCAACAUCCACACCCCCAUUCCCAACCUCAAGCUCAAUGAUGGCAACUCAAUCCCAAUGCUGGGCUACGGCACCGGAACUGCCUGGUACAAGACUGGUGAUGAAAGCCAAUUGGACCAAGCCUGCGUGGACGCAACCAAGCUCGCCAUUGGCAUAGGCUACUACCACCUCGACGGCGCCGAAGUCUACAAGACCGAACCCGAACUCGGCAAGGCCAUCAAAGAAUCCGGAGUCGAGAGAUCCAAGCUCUUCGUCACCACAAAGGUCCUCCCCAACAUUGCCGAUAUCCCCAAUGCCAUCAAGACGUCAUUGAAGAAACUGCAAUUGGAGUAUGUGGAUAUGUAUCUGAUUCACGCCCCUUUCUUCGGUUCGCCUGAAGAAUCACCAGAGGCUUUGCAGCAGGCUUGGAAGGCGAUGGAGGAUGUCAAGGAAGCCGGGCUCACUCGCAGUAUCGGCGUUUCAAACUUCUUGCCUCACCAUCUCGAUGCCAUAAUCAAGACCGCCAGGAUCCCUCCUGCCCUCAACCAGAUCGAAUUCAACGCUUACCUGCAACACCGCGAACUUCUCGCUUACCACAAGGACAAGGGUAUCGCCACUGAAGCUUACGGCCCCUUGACUCCCGCGACAAAGGCGGCUCCUGGACCUCUUGACAAUGUUCUGGCCGGCCUGUCCAAGAAGUACGCCGUUAGCCCUGGCGAGAUUUGCUUGAGAUAUUGUAUUGAUCAGGAUAUCGUGCCCAUCACUACCAGCAGCAAGGAGCAGAGAUUGAGCGAUUACUUGAGAGCAAUGACCUUUAAACUCACACCCAGAGAGGUCAAUGAUCUCAACGAGGCUGGUUCGCAGAAGCACUUUAGAGGAUUCUGGAACCACAAGUUUGCCGAAAACGACAGAAGAUAGAUGGUUUAAAGCGUGUUUGAAAGUUAUGCAGAGGGACUCAGAUAGUGCGAGUCCGACCUGAUGUCGGCUCGACUUGAGCCAAAGUACAAUUCAUCCUUUAUAUUCGUACAUACAAGUUUUUGCUCCAGUAUCUUA